AUGAUACAGUGGUCAAAAUGUGUCAGGCACAAAAAUGUCACAUACGUAUAUAAUCUACGGGUCGUACAAAUUAGUCACAAUAAGUUUAUGGCUUGCUAGUAUACAUAUAAACAUGUCAGUUGUCCGUUGUUGAGCACUUUUAUUAUUGUUCAGAGAGAGAUCUUGCUCAGGCUGGGACUAUAACAGAUGCAAAUAUGUUACUGUUUCUGCUGCUUAUGAAUGUUGCAGUUACAUCCGGUGCACCUGCAACUAAAUCAAACUCGACUGCUUCCCGGAGCAACACACCAUCUAAACCAAAUGUGCCGCCAUUCAUCAAACAAUGUUUUUACGAAGGACGCUGGUUCCCGGCCGGUACUAUAGUGAACGCCGGAAGAUCAGGAGAUUGGUGUUUCGGUUCUUACUGUGAUAUCGACGGGCAUAUUAAGCAUUGGGAUGAUUACAAUUGCCCUCCACCGGAUAAAGAUAACCCUCAUCCUCCAUUUCCAAACCUGAACAAACUCCAUAAACAGCAGACGACUUCGUCAACAACAACAACUACUACUACUACUACAACUACAACAACACCGCGUCCUACGAGACCGCCGACAAUGGCGCCAACUGGAUUCUGGUUCCCAUCCUUCCAACCUCCUACAAUGCGCGCGCCCAGUUUUAAUUUCGACCAAAUGGGUUGCUUCUUUCGCGGAGAAUUUUAUUGGGCGGGACAAGAUAUCGUUAACAGACGCCGAGGCCGACGAUGCUUUGGAACAUAUUGUGAUUUCAAUGGCGUCUUACAACAUUGGAAUGAUGACUGUAGAUUCACGGUACCACCACCGACACGCCCACCUCCAAGACGUCCACCAAGAAGACAACGCCCACAAAAGUCAAAUGCUGCAGUAGAAACAUAGAAAACUUCAAAAUUAGACUUACAUAAAUAUGUAUAUACAUUUAUAUAUGCAACGAUUUUGCACAACCGUUUUCAGGGAAUCUCUGAAGACGUUUAAAAAGUUCUGACCAAAUUAGCGCUGCAUACUGUAUCGGUUUAUUAUUCAUUUAUACCUAAGAAAAAGUCUGAGGAUUUUUCUAAAGGAAUGUUGUGUGUAAACUAUUUUGUGCCAUUUCAUCGCUUAAAAGUUUUGCCAGUGUAAAUAUCAAACAGGUCAACAAUAUAAGUCUUGAAACUUGUAAUUUCGCUGUUUCGUGAAGAUCUGGGUCUUAAAAAGGGAAGAAGCGAGAUCUUGAAGUGAAAAUACAAAUAACGAGCACGAGCGCUUAUUUUUGCAUUUAUAUAAGUAUAAGUGGCAAACAUCAGACGCCAUAGUUUUGAUUACAUAUGACAGUCAUGACUGGCAUAUGAUAGAUUAAUAGAUUCUAUAAUUGCCAAGUGUCAUCAGAAGAUAAUUCUUGUCAGUAUUCAUUUAUUAACCAUGUCCAAUAUCAUGUGCCAUUAUAUCACUUUACAUAUAUCAUCCUAUAUUCAUUUGUACGUGUUAUAAUAAUGCACAUUUAUAACGUCAAAUUUCAUUGGACAAUCGUGACGUUUAUAUCAUCUUUAUACACGUUUUCUGCAAUUUUAUAGUUUUUGUAUAAUGAUUUAAUCAUAGAAAGCUAUGUGUACUAUUAUACAGAUUUUUCCAAUGGUUAUAUGACUUUGUUUGCUAUAUAACCGUUUAAG